CCGCUCCUGGGCACACAGAGAAAGCAGAGGCAAGGAGGACCAGUCUCCCUGAUCAGGCAACUGUGAAGGCUUUUGUGCUUUGUGAAAAUGCGUCUGGAGACUGUAAUCCUCCUGUCUGCCCUGCUUCCACUCUGCCUCUCUCAUGGAUGGGACCCUCUGGCUUGGCUGUUUCACCGCCACGGCCAAGCACAACAGUUUGGCUUCCUGCGGGCAGAUACAGUGGGGGGGGUGUGUCCUGAUGAGUGCGACUGCCCACCAACAUUCCCCAUAGCCAUGUACUGUGAAGGACGGGGCUUGACUGCCGUUCCAUCCAUUCCCUCCCACAUCAAGUACCUGUACCUCCAGAACAACGCCAUCUCAGCUGUGCCUGACGCAGCUAUGGUCAACGCAACCAGUCUGGUGUGGCUCAUGUUGCAUCACAAUCAGUUGACUUCUGAUGCUAUUGGAAAGGAGGCAUUUUUAAAGCUGGUAGGAUUGGAGCGUUUGUUUCUACACCACAAUAACUUGACCAGCAUUCCACCAAACCUUCCUCGCUCGCUGCGGGACUUAAGGCUUGACCACAACAGGAUUGAAAAGGUAAUCCCAACAGACCUUGAAGGAAUGGAUAACCUCACUAUCCUGCAUCUUCAUGACAAUGAGGUUACCGACAUGGCCACAUCACUGAAGGCUCUAAAAUCCCUCACACUGCUUGACAUCAGCAACAACAAGCUGAUAAAGGUCCCAGAUGCUCUUCCUGAACAUUUGCACCAGUUCUACAUGGAGUUUAACUCCAUUGACUCUCUGCCCGAGGGUUUCCUGGGGGGAUUAGCUCAGCUGCAGUAUAUAAGGAUGUCUCACAAUCUGCUGAAAGACAAAGGGAUCCCAUCCAACACCUUCAAUAUAACCGGACUGGUGGAGCUGGACCUGAGCUUCAACAAACUGGAGAGAAUCCCUACUGUCAGCACCACACUGCAGCAUCUCUACCUGCAAGCCAAUCAGAUCAAAGAGUUCUCCCUGGGAAGUUUCUGCCCCGUUGUGGACGUGACAAAUUUCUCCAGACUGCAGACGCUGCGACUGGAUGGGAACGAGAUCAGUCAGGAGGACAUCCCGUCAGAGUCUGCUCUCUGUCUGCGUUGGGCUUCCAGCAUCCAGAUCUAACCAUGUGCAUUAGACCACUGUUCAAGAAUUGUCAAACCCCAAUCAGUGCAGGCCCAGUGGCAUAUUGUGAUGUUAUCACACACACAGCUGUGAUUGUGUUCAAAUGUGAAAUUUAACAGAUGUUUCUUCAGCAGUAUUAUGCUGCAUCAAAGGUCAGAAAACAUUGACAUGCUUUAGUUAAGAGCAGUCACUUGAUCAUGAUUACAUGUUGUACUCAAAAUUAGUUUAGGAGCUUUAAUAUAAUUUGUAUUAUAUGAUAUGUCUGUGACUAUGAUCCAUUUUUGUUGUGAGGAUCAUUUAUAGCCUUUUAUUUGCCUUUAAUUUCAGUUUUUCUUUAUGCGUCUUCUCCUAUAGUUCUCUCUGUUUUACUCUGUUGUCUCUGAUACAUAAUAUAAAGUCCUGCUCAAAAUCU